UUCAAAUCGACUACCCUCUAUGAUUCUAAUAACGACAUACAUUUUUUUGAAUGUCUUGGAGAUAUAUGCUUCUUACGUCGGGUAAUUUUAAUGUGGUGGUUUAAAGAGAAGUUUUGAAAAUGGACACGGAAGGGGUGUUUAAUUUAAUGAUGGACAAGAAAGUUACGUACAAGAAACAGGACUAUGGGUCCAUUAGAAAAUCUUGUUUAAAGAAAGGAGAAAAUUUUAAUGAUACUGAAUUCCCAACAAAUAAUAAAUCAAUAUUCUAUAGCAAAGUCGACGGUGAUAUUGAAUGGAAGAGGCCAGGAGAAUUAUGUAGAUCUCCAAAGCUAAUAGAGGACUUCAGCGCUUUUGAUUUACACGAAGGAGAAUUAGGAAAUAUGUGGUUUGUGACAGCCAUUGGUACACUGAUAUCGUACAAGAAAAGGGUUGAGCAGGUUAUUCCAAAUAUCACUAAACAAGGAUGGAAAGGAGUCAUGGAGAAACAAGAUUAUGCAGGAGUAUUUCAGUUUCAGUUUUGGAGGUUUGGAGAAAUUAUUAAUAUUGUAGUCGACGAUAAUCUUCCAACGAAGAAGGUAGACGACGAAAAUCUUCCUACAAAAAGUUAUAGGUUGUUGUUCUGUCAAUCAAGGACUCGUGAAAUAUUCUGGUGUGGAUUGUUAGAAAAGGCUUAUGCUAAACUCUAUGGAGACUACGAAUCGUUAACAAACGGAGACGCAAUAGACACACUGGUUGAUUUUACAGGUGGGGUUGCUGAAAGAAUUAAUCUGGUCAAUAUUAAAGACGAAAAUGGACGACAGACCUUGUUUGAAAAACUGAAAGACGACUGCAAGAAUGAAGCACUUAUAAUUUGCUUUAUUCAGGUUAAACCGGGUGACAAGCGUGGACAAGAAUUACCCCAAGGCUUCGUUCUCGGGCAUGGCUAUAGCGUUACUGCAGUAAAAAAAAUAAUGAAUGGCCAGGGAAAUAGUAAACUAUUGAUGAUUAGACUGGCUAAUCCGUGGGGAAAGGUGGAAUGGAAUGGUCCAUGGUCCGAAACAUCAAGUGAAUGGCAAAAAAUGGGUCCAUCACAAGAAGCUGAACUGCAAUUCUCAAAAGACAAAGGAGAAUUUUGGAUGGCGUUUGAUGAUUUUUUAAACCAUUUAACAAAUGUUGACAUAUGCCAUAUUGUGAAGCCAUCGAACGAACUUAUACGGCAUUCUGAGUGGACAGGUCGUUCGGGUGGUUGUGACUAUAAAUCACAGUCAUUCCUAAGCAACCGACAGUUUAUCAUUGAAAUACAAAAAGACGAAGAUGAACUCGUUGUGUCCCUGGAGCAGCAUGAUAUCAAACCAAACAAAUCGCAUACCGGAAGAACAUUGAAUACAAUUGGAUAUUCGAUUAUGAAGGUUGAAGAGAAUAGAUUGUACAGAUUACACAUACCGGGUAAACUUAUUGAACCACCCGAUAUGAUCAAAACUAGGAGUGUAUUUGGAAAAAAAGUGUUGUCCAGGGGCAGAUAUGUAAUCAUACCAUGUACCAAAGAUCAGAAAGAACAUGGUCCAUUCCUGUUGCGACUGUAUACCCACGGUAAAGCUAGUGUAAGGGAAUUAACUGAAGAAGGGCCUUCGACAAUAUGGCCUUGUUUAAGUUUGCCAUCGAUGGUUACAACACUUGCCGUGUUGAGUUUAGAAAAUAUUCAAAAACCAGAAGGAUCAAAGGACGAAGAUUUUACUCCAAAAAUUGUGGUACAAUGUGAAGGUGAAAAGGUUGUAUCAAGAAUUCCAUUAGCCCUCAACGAGAAAAAUGAAUGGGAAACUAAAUCCGACUUCGAACAUGUUAAAGUUACAUUUUAUCGUAAAAAGCCGAAUGAACCUAUAAUUAUAGAGGUAUUAAAUAGGAAUAAGAUAGUUGACGAUUUUUGUUGUCAAGCAAGGGUUAUCGAUAAUGGUGGCGAAGAGGGCACAUCUGUCAAAUGCGACGUGUUUGGAAGAAAGAAAGAGAAAUACAUUAAGAAAUCGGGAUUCAUUCAUGUUUUUGUUCAGUCGAGUCCCGAUCUACAAUUUUUGUAAACUUUUGUAUUUAUUUCAUCGUUUCGAUUAUGUAUCACAAAUACAGCAUCGAAAAGCACAUUCACUGCUGAGAUAUUUUUUAUAUAAUUUUCUCUAAUUCCGUAUGCAAUUAAAGUGGUUUUGACAAACCACAUCGUUGAUUA